AUGCACAAAGACCUGAAAGCAUGGGCACGGGCUUGUAUCGCCUGUCAACGGAGUAAGAUUCAGCGGCACAACAAGGCCCCCAUUGGCACCUUCCCUGGCCCUGGUUCAAGGUUCAGCCACGUUCACCUGGAUAUUGUAGGCCCCCUGCCUCUGUCCAAUGGUUGUUCCUAUCUCCUCACCUGUGUGGAUCGGUUCACUAGGUGGCCUGAAGCAAUUCCCCUGCCUGACAUUGCUGCUCCAACGGUGGUCAAGGCUUUUCUCAGUCGUUGGGUUGCCAUCUUUGGUGCACACUCCACAAUCAAGACUGACCGUGGUGCCCAGUUUGAGUCUAACCUCUUCCAGUCUUUAUUCUCCUUUUUAGGCUGUACUCGCAUCCGCACUACAGCCUAUCAUCCGCCAGCCAACGGUAUGGUCGAGCGGUUUCACCGCCAGUUGAAGGCCUCCCUACGCGCUACGGCCGAUCCGGAGUACUGGACGGACCACCUUCCCUUGGUCCUCUUGGGCAUCCGCGCCGCUCUCAAGCCGGAUCUUGACUGUUCCGCAGCUGAACUGGUGUUCGGCGCUACUGUCCGACUUCCCGGUGAGAUGAUCUCGCCAACCCCGCGAGGUGCAGUUGAGGAUCCCACCAACCUCCUGCAUCGUCUCCGGCAAUUCAUGCGGACACUUUCUCCGGUUCCUCCCAGGUCCAUCGUCUUAUCUCCAGAAGGACUUGACAACGCGCUCUCACGUCUACCUUCGAUGUGAUCGAGUCCGCCGGCCCCUGGAACUACCCUACGAUGGCCCCUUCCGAGUUAUCUCUCGUGGUACGAAGCACUUCCGCAUCCAACGCGGCACUCGCGAGGAGGUCGUGAGCGUGGACCGCCUCAAAGCUGCCGUCCCCGACACUCCUCUGGAUGAGUCCUGUGGGCCCCUACCCCCUGCUCCGCCUCCCCGACCCUCUAUCCCUCCGUCCCGUAUAUUUCCUCUGCCCUCAUGUAUAAACCCCCAACUGCAACUACUCCUUCAUCAACCAACAACACUGUAACCGCGAGUCACACUCACUCUACACCUUGCCCCCAGUAUAUAACACCCGUAGUGGACCCCAUGUUCAUUUUCCUGACCGUUUGGUUACUUAUGUUUUUUAGACAUCAGCAAUCCCUUCGGCAUCGCUACGCGCCGUCUUCGGUCUAGCCGGGGGGUACUGUGGCGGUUCGCGUCUCCUUGCCCUCCGCCUUUGUCACGCUGCCUUCCUGUCCGCCUCACGCUCUUUGUCGAUACGCUGCUGGGACGCGCGAGUGCUCCGGGCCAAUCAACGCUGUCCCCCCUCUGAUUGGCUGGCGGACGCGGAGACAACUGAGGGCGCACGCACGCGCUGACACAACACCUGGUAGGCGGACACAGACAGCAACUUGUCUGGAGAGCACGCUUGCGGCGACUGCCCACACAGCCUUAGUGUACACGCUUUCCAAACAGUAAAGGUUGUCCCACUCAUUCCGUCUUCCCUGACUUUUGAUUGGGAAUCUUUAUCUUGUCCACCAUACGACAUUCGACAGGGAAUCAAACUGUGCCAAGUCCCAUCAUAUGACUGAAUUCUGCCUUGGCGAUAUCUAAUUUAUCAGCCGCUAGACGACGAGGACGGCUAAAAACGGGUGGUCCUCUAGUCAAAAUAUAAUGCGGAAUGUCUAGUAGUCUGGUCAACCUGUGAAGGCCGGGAGAUGGAUAGAAAUUCUUUAAGUAAACGAUGAUAAGUGUUGGAUGAAUCGAUUAUUAAAAUUCAUGGCCUAGGGGAUGGAAUGUUACGAGUUGAACAACUGGAAUACAAGGAUGUCAUCGGUCCGAAAGGUUUAUGGUAUCAAUGCUUAGACCGAAAAAGGAUAUAAAAUCGGCACGGAAAAUGGCGGUAUGGGCAUAGGCAAUAGUUAAUAUCCAGCGGAAAGAAUGUCGUAACCCAAGAUCUAAAGUUAGGGAUCGUCGAUCAAAUGUUGUAAUGGUGGUACUGUUAGCUGCCUGGAGGAUAAUUGAAGAGGUGGGUGACCUAAGGGCAGUCGGAGAGGGUGGAAUGAGACUAGCGUCAGCGCCAGUGUCCACGAGGAAAUUACGGCAGGAACGCUUAUGGUAAAUGUGGAGCAGGUGACUUGGGGUGGUUGAACUGAACACGUUCGUCGUCGCUACUGGCCGGUGGGUGAGUUUUCCACAAAAUAUUUCUCGUAACGACAUGGGGGUUUGCAGUGAUAGGCAAUUAACCCAUAGUUGUAGUGGUAUCAGCAGAAACCGUUCGGCGUGGACAGAGGGGUGGGAGACCUCUUAGGGCGAGAGACACGUGAAGCACGAAGCUGGGGAAUUCAAGGGUGAGGUCGUCUAGACGUUUCAUGACAUUCUCGAUUGCAGACGUAGUUGGCGCAUUGAAGAAGAAGACACGAUCGCCGAUCGCCGGAAUGCCAUUCUGCCUAUAUAUCAUGCGCCGCCGUGCGGGUGCUGGUUUGGCUCGAGAGAGAGCCCUUAUGGCACAACAGAACGAGUGAGUUCCGUAUGAACGAUCGGUGAGCGCCCUCUACCAUUGUAUAUCCCCGAUCGAAAACCGACAGGGCAACGGGUUCGUGGCCCGGUGGGUAGAGGUGUGGACUUCUAACUAACAGGUCGCGCGUUCGAGGCUCGGAUGUUCCACACUUCGCGUUUGGGUAUGACUAGCUGACGACGGCUAAUAAGCCAGAAAUGGCCAUUCCAGUCUCCCUUGUCUUUAUCGGUAAUGCCAUUCGGCCUAUAUAUAAUGCGCCGCUGUGCGGCUGCUGGUUGGGCUCGAGAGAGAGCCCUUAGGGCACAGCGGAACGAGUGAGUUCCGUAUGAACGAUCGGUGAGCGCCCCCAACCACUCUGUUGAGUUUGCAUUUUGUUGUUCUUGCCUGCUUGCUAUUGUCUGCUUGUUUGUGUUUGUCUUUAUUGUACGCUAAAUGCCGUUAUGUUCAGUUCAUCUGCACACCGUUUAUAUUUCAGCAACCAGUUCUCUUAGAGAGGGAUGGGAAAGCGCUGCGUCCCGUCUCCCCACUCUUUUCCACCCUCCCCCCCCACUCAAAAGUAUUGCGGCAUUGUCGUAGGCAGGCCCAUGCCAACUCGGGUCUUCCUCUCACUAAGCAAAGUCGUGGCCCAUAGUGGAGUUCGGCAAUCGUCUGGGACAACUGAGUAGCCCUAUUUAGGGAGAGCACUAAUUACCCUCGCGAGGGGGAAGGGACCAGAAAAGGUGACCUAAGUAAAUGCUGGGGAUCCACGCAGUCUGCAGGCUGACCGUGGCCGCAGACACAAAACUCACGGUUCAAACAACCAAACAAGAACCCACACUCUCUCUCCUCCCCGCCGCCCCGCUCGCCCCACUGGUAGGGUUAGUCCGUCUACUCUCGCAGCCUGGAAUGUUCGUUCCCUUUUAGACAAUUUGAGGAGCAACGAACCAGAACGGAGGACGGCGCUAAUGGCUCGAGAACUGGCGCGCCACAAGGUUGACAUCCCCGCACUCAGCGAAACCCGGAUCUCCGUACAAGGCCAACUGGAGGAGGUUGGUGCCAGCUGCACCGUCUUCUGGAGCGAUCGCCGCAGGGCAGAUCGACGGGACGUCCCCUUUGCCAUCCGUAACGACAUCGUGGGAUGA